AGCACACCAACGCACAGACCCCCAGCCCAGCCCAGCCUAGCCUGCCCCCAGCCACGGCCUGCUGACGUCCUCAGGAGAUUAUCACAUGCCCGUCUCACUCUCUCUCUCCCCCCGCAGGGACCAUGUGUAUGCCUUUGAUCUCAGCCAGGCCACAAAGGACUUCUAUCCCCACAGGCACCUCACCUGGAAGACCCAAGACAUGAAAAACUGCGCCAUGCGUGGGAAGCUGCAGGACGAAUGUUACAACUACAUCAAGGUGCUGGUGCCCAAGAACGACCGGACCCUCUUUGCCUGCGGGACGAAUUCCUUCAAUCCCAUGUGUCGGACCUACAAGAUCAGCAGCCUGGAGCAGGAAGGGGAGGAGCUGAACGGCCAGGCCCGCUGCCCUUUCGAUGCCAAGCAGACCAACGUUGCCCUCUUCGCAGACGGGAACCUGUACUCAGCCACGGUGGCAGACUUCCAGGCCAGCGAUGCAGUGAUUUACCGCAGCCUGAGCGAGAGAAGCCCCGUGCUCCGCACCAUCAAGUACGACUCCAAGUGGCUGCGAGAGCCCCACUUCCUUCAUGCCCUGGAGUAUGGGAACUACGUCUACUUCUUCUUCCGGGAGAUCUCCAUGGAAUACACCACUCUGGGCAGGGUGAUCUUCUCGCGCGUGGGCCGGGUGUGCAAGAACGACAUGGGGGGCUCGCCCCGGGUGCUGGAGAAGUACUGGACCUCCUUCCUCAAGGCCCGGCUCAACUGCUCCGUGCCCGGAGACGCCUUCUUCUACUUUGACGUGCUGCAGGCCGUCACCGACGUCUUCCAGGUCAACGGGCGGCCCGCCGUCUUCGGGGUGUUUGCCACCCAGUCCAACAGCAUCACCGGCUCGGCCGUCUGCGCCUUCUAUCUGGACGACAUCGAGCGAGUGUUCAGCGGGAAGUUCAAGGAGCAGAAGAACGCGGAUUCCGCCUGGACCCCCGUCCCGGAGGAGAAGGUGCCGAGACCCAGGCCAGGCAGCUGUGCCGGGGUUGGCCAAGCGGCUAGCUACAGAACCUCCAACGAGUUCCCUGAUGAGACACUGGCCUUCAUCAAGUCCUACCCGCUGCUGGACGAGGCCGUGCCCUCCGCCACGGGAAGGCCCUGGUUCACCAAGACCACCAGCAGGUACAAGCUGACCCAGCUGGCCGUUGAUACAGCCGCCGGCCCACGUGGGAACUACACGGUGCUCUUCCUCGGCUCGGAGGACGGGAAGGUGCUGAAGGUUCUUACUGGGACUCAGGAGAACUCCAGCGUGGAGACCCUGCUCUUGGAGGAGAUCAGCGUCUAUAGCCCGGCCCAGUGCAGCGUGAAGAGAGAGGACAGGCGGAUUGUGGGUCUGGAGCUGGACAAGGCCCGCCAGGCCUUGUACGUGGCCUUCUCCAGCUGCGUGGUGCGCGUGCCGCUCAGCCGCUGCGACACCCAUGGGAGCUGUGGGAAGAGCUGCUUGGCCUCCCGUGAUCCGUACUGUGUUUGGCUCUGGACCGGAGCGUGCGUGGCUUUUGGACAAGAGAUCAGGGCCGGAUUCGAACAAGAUGUUGAGAACGCGGCCAAGCAGCUGGGAAAUUGUCAAGAUGUCGUGACCUCCACAGGGGAUCGCAACGGUGCCAGCGACUCAUCGUAUGGGCAAGUCCGACCCGCUGGCCCCACCACAAGUGCCGCGCCCUUCCCGGUGCCCACAGGCCGUUCCCAAGUGGGCAUGGCCCAAGACGCCCGCCCCGCCCCUGGCGCUGGGGACCCGCGCUCCACUUUACGCGCGGCUGUAAACACCCAGGGCGUGCGCCAGGAAUCGGAAGGCAAAGACAGCUCCAAGACUGUCCAUUUCACCUUCCUCAUCGGCUGCGUCUUUGUGGCAUUUGUCCUGGGGGCCUUCUUUUCCGGCUUGUUUGUCUCCUGCUACUGCAGUCACAUGUUCCAGAAGGCCAAGCACGUCAGCAAGGACCCCGAGAACACGAUCCAGCGUCCCCUUUCCCUGCGGAGCUUGGCUAAGAUGAACGGGCUACUGGACAGCCAGUCUAAGGACGGGCUGACGGAAGCGUCCUCUCCAAAACUUUACACCACCCUGCUGCCCAGUGAGAAGGAGCCACACAACGGGACGGCCAAGGCCGGAGUGAAGGAGCACCCCGAGCUGUCUGGGCUGCCCACGCCGGAGUCCACCCCGGAGCUCCCCAUGAAAAACAUGAAGGCCAUCAGGAACCAAUGGGAGAAAAACCAGAACUGCAACAACGCCAAGGAGUCACAAGGCAAAGGCCAUGUAUUCCAUGGCCCCAUCUCUGGGGCCCAGGUCUUCCAGUUCCCCGGUGCCAUGGUGCUGCCUAGCAGCCUGCAGGGCUAUGACCAACCACUGGCUGGCUACCCGGAGGAGAAGAAGAUCCCCAAUGCAGAGCGGGUGCUGGUGCGCCAUUCCCAGUGCUAUCUGCCCAAGGGGGUGGAGGUGACCACCUUGGAGGAGCUGCUGAAGCACCUCCACGAGGCUAGCGGCUCUCCGAAGAAGUUGCUGAGCGGGGUGCCCGGCCACCAGCCAGCCAUCAGCCCCCACGCCGCCGUAUCCUUCGCCAACAGGGUGCAGCCCAAGAUCCCGGACACGGAGAGUGCCCCCUACUACAGCUCUUCCACCCUCCCCAGGGACAGCCUGCCUCGGAGGCUGGAUGUCCCCCCCGACGUCACGCCGCAGUCCUGCCUGGAGAAGCAGCAGCCGUCCCGGCACCCGUCGCAGAGGCAUUCGCUGUCCUCGGCGCAGAAGCUCAUGAACCUCGCGAUGGGCGGGGGGCUGAUCUCCCGGCAGCAUAGCUUGAGCCAGGUGGUCCGGCAGCCCCCGCCCCCCGCGCUCCUGACCCGCAUGCACUCCACAGGCACCCAGGUGCCCCUCGAAGGGCCCGGCGCCUUCCUCGUGCGGCAGCCGGCCCCCCAAAGCCGCUCUUCAUGCCCUCGUCCCCCAUCAAGCCCUCCACCCAAUUCAACUACUGACCUUGCCAGCAUUAGAGGGGGCGUGGCUGCCAGCCUUGCCAGCUUCCCUGGAGCCCCCGCCUGCAGCACCAGGGUGGGGCAGCGGAGACCAGUGGAUUUGUAG